AUGAGGCCAUUUCUAAAGACCUUGAGAGUCUUCACCAGGUCUUUCCCAUCCUCUUCGCCAAUUUCCUGUCUCGCACCCCUGGCCCGCACCAUGGCGACAUCUACUGGACCGGUGCUCAAGCAGCCCGUGAAGCUGGCCUGCAUCCAGCUCGCCAGCGGCGCCGAUAAGGCCGAGAACCUGGCGCAUGCGAGGGAAAAGGUCCUAGAGGCUGCCCAGGGCGGCGCGAAGAUCAUUGUCCUUCCGGAGUGUUUUAAUUCGCCUUAUGGGUGUGAUUACUUUCCCUCCUACGCAGAGACUCUGCUCCCAAGCCCGCCUUCCAAGGAGCAGUCGCCCUCCUACCAUGCGCUCUCCGAGAUGGCCGCCGAGACGAAAACGUACCUCGUUGGCGGCUCGAUACCAGAGGCGGACCCAAGCCCCGAUUCAAAGAAGUACUACAACACCUCGCUGAUCUUUGGCCCGGACGGCAAGCUCCUUGCUAGUCACCGGAAGGUCCACCUGUUCGACAUCGACAUCCCGGGGAAGAUCACCUUCCGCGAGAGCGAUGUGCUAUCACCUGGCAACAAGGUGACGCUGGUCGAGCUCCCGGACUACGGCAAGAUUGCCAUUGCCAUCUGCUACGACAUCCGGUUCCCGGAGUUGGCUACCAUUGCGGCGCGCAAGGGCUGUUUUGCCCUCAUAUACCCAGGCGCUUUUAACACGACGACUGGUCCGCUGCACUGGGCUCUGCAGGCCCAGGCCCGCGCGAUGGACAACCAGAUCUACGUCGCCAUGUGCAGCCCCGCGCGGGACGUCAACGCCUCGUAUCACGCCUGGGGCCACAGCCUGAUCGCAGACCCCAUGGCCAAGAUCCUCGUCGAGACGGACGAGAAGGAGAGUACCGUCAGCUGGGAGCUCGACGGGGCGAAGAUCGAGGAGACGCGAAAGAAUAUACCUCUUGUCGGCCAGAGAAGAUUCGAUGUCUACCCCGACGUGAGUGCGGGUAAGGUCCGGUUUGACGAGCCGGAUGUGCCCAAAUAG